UAUAGUUCCGUGCUAAGAAGAUUGUUGAUAUUCUGUUUUAAAAGUCAAAGUCGUUUAACGGUUUUGAUCUGGUAAAUUCACUUAAAUGUACUUUUAAAUGGACCUGUUGUUAUAAGUAUUGUUUGAUAAAAUUCAUUACAAUGGGUAUACUUAAUAGCAAAUUUGAUGCAGACAUUCCUGCUGAUGAAUUACUUGAAGAAAAUGCACCAUCUACUCCAAAAUUGUCAAACAAAAUUACCCAUGUUCAAGAAUUAGAUCCUCGUUCUCCAAGUUUGAAUAUAGUUAGGACACCUUUAGAGUUACUAACUUCAUCCACUGAAACUCUUGAACCAAGAAUCCCUAUAAGAAAUAAAAAUAUUCUCUUAGAAGUAGAUCCGAGGUCUCCCACAACAGAUUUUGAAAGAACACCCAUUAUAAUAGGUUCUAAAAUUUCUGAUUUCCGUAGAAAACUACACAAUAAAAAUUUGGACAAAGCUAAUUUAGCAGAAUUAAUAGAUACACAAUCUUCCAGUAUUCCUCCAAAACUUCUUGAAAGUAGUCCCAUAAGAGUCCGUCUAGAUUCACACAAAAGACGUUCUUUAGUAGGUCUAUUAGAAACUAAUAUAGAUUAUACAGAAACUGAUUUAGAUUCAAUAUUGCAAGAAAAAUAUAGAAUUGAAGAGAAUGAUCAAUAUAAACAUUUAGAUGAUGAAUACAUAGCUAAGGAAGAUAAGAUUGAUAUAUCUACUUCUGUUGAUUCUUCAAAAGAUGUGCUUGAUGAAAUGCCACAAAUAAUGGAAAACAUUAACACAAAUUUUGAAAGUAUGCAAAUAGUCUCUGAAACUGAAGCAGAACAAGAUGUACCAGUAAAAGUAGAAGUACGUGAAGCUCCAGCUGGUAUAUUUACAAGUUCAAGUGUAUGUCAUGAAGAAAUAAAGUCACAACCUUCAAAACCAUUGAUUAAUAUAACUGCAGAUGUCAAGGAGUUGGAUAAAAAAUUGACAAAUCUUAUAUAUGAAGAUGAUUUUGUUGUAUGUCCUAGAAUUGUACAAUUGAGAGAAAAUAUGGAAAGGUCACCUUUAAAAAAUAGAAAUGGUAAUGAAUUUAUAGCUAAAUCUACACAAAAGUUGAAAGUUAGUGACAAACCCAGAUCUGAUUAUGUUGUUAGUAAAAUUCCAGUGUUUAAAUCAAGAAAAGGUAAUGCUAAAGAUCAAGUACAAUGUGAGAAUACACCUCCAAGGCAUAUGGACAAAAAUAAGGCCAAGGCUAGAAAAAGUGAUUGGGACAAUAAAGAUACUACAUUGUAUCUAUGAAUAUAGUUGUUUUUUCUUUACUGGUGUAUGUUUUCAGAAGAGCCAUUAGUUAUUGUUCACUUUUUGACAAAAUACUAGUGUUAGUUUUGUAUUAUACAUCAAUUAAUUUAAAUAAAAUUUUUUAUAAAAAGUCA